ACGGCCCGUGCGAGCUGCCGGCGGGAUCGACGACGCAAUACAGCUGGUUCGAGCGCGACCAGUGCGACGCGGUGACGGCGGAGGCGGUUCUCUAUCGGCUGUGCGGCCGCAUCGCUAGCGACGAGCCGCUGUACCUGACCGCGCGCGAGCGGUUCGAGCAGCGGCGCCGCGCGGCGGGCGCGUCGCUGCCGCAGCGCGUGGAGCUGCUGCGCGCGGAGGGGGCGGCGCUCGAGGAGCGCGCGAUGCGGCAGCAGGCGGAGCGGCCGAGUGACCUCGCGGCGGCGGCGGGUGCGAGGCUGAAGCGCGCGUACCGCAUGUCGUCGGGGGGAGGCGUGCCAUGGGUGGUGGACGAGCACGCGAGCUGGUACAAGCCGCACGAGCGCGCGCGUUACUCGUGCGUCAACUGCUCUGGCGACGUCGUGCCGGAGAAGGACCUCGUCGGCUGCUGGCCGCUCUGGCCGCAGUUUGGGCCCGACGAGCUCGAGUUCCGCUGCGUGCGCCGCUGGACGAGCGACCCGGGCGAGCAGGCGCCGCACAAGUACAUGCAGGGCAGGGCGCCGCUGCCUUGCUGGCGCACGUGCUGGACGCCGCUCAAAUCGCCGGGAGCGGAGCGUUGCACCGCCGCGUGCCCCUCCGCCGAGUCGGCCGAGCCGGCCGUCGAGUGGCGCGCGCGGUGGGACGCCGAGCUGCACAGCUUCAAGGAGCGGGACGGAACGGCGCGCGACGUCGAGCGCGCCACGGGCUUCAUCAGGCGGCUACCAAACUCGGACUUCUUCUGGAGCGUGUACUGAGGCGGCCGCAGCGAACGAGCC